AUGCCAAUGAACGACAAUGGAGGAAAGGCUUGUUUGAUGAAUACUCGAGUUUCUACCAGCCGUUGUUAUUGGUGUCUUGAGCCAGAGGCCCUCAGGCAACCAGCCACCCGUUGCCUCUUUUUCAUUUUCAUCAAGAGCAGAAAUGGUCGCAGUAUCCAUGCUCAUUGUCGGGGAUACCUUCAACCUUCAACCCCGAAACAGGUCAAUGCAUGCGUGCGUUCAUCAGGUAUCUACCUGCCUAUCAAUGCUUUUCAACUCAACCAUUCUGGCCUAACUCGGUUCUGCGCCAUUGAUCUACACAGACCGAGUAAAGGGCUACACUACUCCACAGCCAGACCCCAGGAUCAUCGGUUACAACCACAUUGA